AAACAAAAUAUAAACAUUGAAAAGCAGCAAAGGGAAAAAUUGCAGUGUUUUGACGGAUUGGUGUGAGAAAAGAGGUUCCUCCUCCGUGUGAGGUUCUAUUGUGAAGAAUAAAAAAAAGAAGGAAAACCACGCAGUAAUAAAAGAAAAGAAAAAAAAUGGAGAGGCGUCUCUCAUCAACGAGUGAGGCAACAAUAAAUUUUGCCACUGAUAAAUUCCCCUUCUGCAUUGUGUGGACCCCCAUCCCGGUCCUCACGUGGUUCUUUCCCUUUAUCGGGCACAUGGGCAUUGCCAUGUCCAAUGGAGUCAUCCGGGACUUUGCGGGGCCCUACUUUGUCUCCGAAGACAACAUGGGCUUCGGACGACCCACACGCUACCUCCAGCUGGACGCCUACAACGUCCAAGGGGGUGCCCAUGAGUGGGAUGAGUGCGUCUCAAAGGCGUCCGUUGUCUACGGCACGCGAAUGCACAAUCUCUUCUGCGACAACUGCCACUCGCACGUCGGGAUGGCGUUGACGCUGAUGAAGUAUCGGAAUCGCAGCAACUGGAACAUGGUCACCCUGGCCUUCUGGAUGUUCUUCUGCGGGAAGUACGUUGGACCCGGUGGGGUGGUGAAGACCUGGCUUCCCUUUAUCAUAAUUUGCAUCAUUUGUGGCAUUGUUGCCUACUAUCUGUGAGGAGCCCACCCACCCCCGCCUUCACCUUUUUAUCUCCUUCGCGCCCGCACGCGAUAUCAGAGAGUGAGAGAGAAUUCGAAAAUCAUUGUUAAUCAUCCUUCAGCUCUGUGCCCUGUCACAGAUUUCAUUUUUAUUUGCUCAAUAUAUAAGUUCGCUUGUGCGCUAUCACCUCUCCACUUAAUUAUGAUUACCAUCAAUGUUAUUUAUUUCGCGCGCGCGAGUACAUUGCGCAGGAAAUGUGAUCAUACUCCCCGGAGGGAGAGGGGGGCAAUCAACUGGCCCCACAUGGAAUUGUCAGUGCGUCAGGUAGACUAAUAAAAAAAAGAAGCCUCCACAAGAAGGCUCUACGAAAGCCCCCCUGAAAAGCGAAUUAUUUCAUUCGAAUAAAUCUCUAUUGAAUUUUAUGAUUUAAUUCCCUUCUUUAAACGGCUAAAAUGUUGAAUUUUAUGUUAUUUAACAUAAAAAAAAAUGUUGUGAAGCAUUUAUAAAUUUUUAAUUUCUCUUGGAGUUGAAGAAAAAAUUUAAUUUAAUUUAAAAAAUAAUUUAUGUAAAAAUAACUAAAAACAUUCUCAUUAACAAAUCAAAUUUUAAUUUAGUAUAAAAGAAAUAUGUGGUCUGAUCAAAAUAAACUGUGUUAGAGAAAUUUAAAGAAAA